UUGUAUUUUUAUCAGUUCUCAAGUUUCAUUGCAAAGCUUCUUCCGAGGCUUCUUCUUAGCUUCGAAAUUCAUCUAGCAUAACAAGAAAUACAAAGAUAUCAAACGCUUAAUUUUUCAUCAGCAUGAAACACGGCAUUCCCAAGUUGUUCUCUAUGAUCUUACCGAUACUGUUAGCUUUAACAUUGGUUAGCUUUGAUGGAAUCUUAUCUGCAGCAAGCGACGAAAUGAUUGAACCAAAAAUGGAUCACUCCUUCAAGAAAAAUCAAUCAGAGAGGCGUGAUCAUCAUGACAGUUACCAAGGCGGUUACAAUGAAUAUCUUCGACAUCCGUUGAAAUCACACGACAAGCAUAAGAGACCCAGACCAAAUUAUGGAGCCCCUAAAUCACAACACGGGCCACCCAAGGGACAAUACGGUGCACCCAAGCCAAACAAUAAGGCUUCACCAUUUCCGGGUUAUAGCCAAUCAGCUUACAACCCAUCUUCGUACAGUCCUUAUUCGGAUCACAGUCCUCCAGAAUACAGUCACCCAGAUUAUAGUUCAUCUGAAUAUAGUUCUGCCUCUUACAGUCCUCACGCUUACAGUUCCCCAGUCUACAAUCCCCCAGCACCUUAUUCUCCCCCAUACGCUACAAGCUAUGAUCCCACAGCUUACUCCCCUUCCAUUUAUCCUGAAACACCGUCGGCUUAUUACAACGAACCUACUUAUCCUCCCCAAUAUUCAGAUCCUGCAUAUCCCUACAAAAACAGUGCAGAUACAGAUAAAGGUGGCUAUAAGGGAGUCUCUAAUAACGACAACAAUAAUGGAUUCGCAAAUUUUGAUGAUUUCUUCAAGCAAACCCAGAAGUUUAAACAAUUUUAAUUUAGAUCUUUAUUUUUUUUUAUUGACUCAAUAAGAAAGUUACGGAAUUAUAUUUCCUCAUUCAAUUGUUAUUUGUUUAUCAUACUACGGUUUCAGCCCCAGUUGAUGAAUGACGCUUAUUGUGUUAUUGAUAGAAUAAAAAAAUGUUCUAAAUUA